AUGGGGCCCGGUCGCCUUUCACAGUUGCUCCUGCUACGAUGCCAGCGGGCGGCGGCAGUUCUCGGCGCGGUCCGAUCCGCUCGGGCACUGAGUGCAGCUGUUCACCUGCGAGCUCCCCAGCGGCCGCCGGCCAGGGGGCAGCCAGCACGGGCGGGCGGCAGAGGGGAGUGGAAGAGGCUGGCGGGCGCCGGCGGGGAUAAAGAAGAAGAAGAGGAGGAGAAGGAAGAUGAGGAUGAUGAAGCGGAGCUAGAGGAGCUCUUGGGCCCCUCUCCACUCGCGCUGGGGCCCGGCGCUCAGCGCGUGGUCGUCGUGCACCCGGAUGUCAAGUGGGGCCCGAAGAAAUCGACGCUCACGAAGGCUGAACUACAGAUUGCUGAAGCUGUUGCUCUUGUUGAUACCCUUCAUAACUGGACAGUUUUAGACAAAAUAAUUAUUCCUACAAAAAAUCCUGACAAGAAGUUUGUUUUUGGCAAAGGAAACUUUCAGAUUUUGACAGAAAAGAUUAAAAAAUUGCCCCAUGUGACAGCUGUCUUCUUGAAUGUGGAAAGAAUGUCUUCAGUAACAAAGAGAGAACUAGAAGAUGCCUGGGGUGUGAAAGUCUUUGACAGAUACACAGUUGUACUUCAUAUUUUUCGUUGUAAUGCCCAGACCAAAGAAGCAAAACUUCAGAUAGCAUUGGCCGAAAUUCCACUUCUCAGAUCAAAUCUGAAAAAUGAGGUGUCUCAGCUAGAUCAGCAGAGAGGUGGAUCGAGAUACAUCAUGGGCUCAGGUGAAACAUUCAUGGAGACACAGACUCGAAUCUUGAAAGAAAAAGAACUUAAACUUAGGAAUGCACUGGAGAAACUAAGAAGAAAGAGGUCUUUACUUAGAACUCAGCGCAAAAAGCGCGAGUUUCCAAUUAUCUCAGUAAUGGGCUACACUAAUUGUGGAAAAACUACCUUGAUCAAAGCCUUGACUGGGGAAGCAGAACUUCAACCCAGAGAUCAACUGUUUGCCACUCUUGAUAUUACAGCCCAUGCUGGCUAUCUCCCUUCACAUAUGGCAGUUAUUUAUGUUGACACUAUUGGGUUUCUGACUGAUCUUCCACAUAAUCUGGUUGAGUCCUUUUCAGCUACAUUAGAAGAAGUGGCUUACUCAGAUCUGAUAGUGCAUGUGAGAGAUAUUACUCAUCCAGAUACCAUCCUCCAGAAAGCAACUGUUCUGUCAGUGUUGAAGAAUCUUAACCUUCCUAACCAUUUACUGGACUCAAUGGUAGAAGUUCAUAACAAAGUGGAUUUGAUAGAAAGGUAUAACCCCACCGAGGAAAAUGCUUUAGCCAUUUCUGCUCUACAUGGACAUGGCUUAGAAGAGUUGAAAGAAGAGAUAGAGAAAAAAAUUUUGAUAACAACAGGGAAGAAGAUUAUAACAGUUAAUGUCAACUUAGAGGGACCUCAACUAAGUUGGCUUUAUAAAGAAGCAACAGUUCAGGAAGUAGAAGUCUUGCCCGAGGAUGGCACAGCCAGGGUGAAGGUGAUAAUUGGUAAUUCUGCUUUUGGCAAAUACAAAAACCUCUUUCCCAACAGUAAGAUUUGUAUGCCAUGACACUGCAUCCUUUUCUUGGAAGAGAAAGCAGUCUCCUCAAGAGGAUGUGAAAUUAAGUUAAUGACCUGUUAGUCUGGGUGUUGAAGAAUGUAUUUCUUCCCAGGUUGAUUGGUUUUUUGAUGCAUUUUAGAAAUG